GCAACCAUACGUGUAAAUGAUAGUCUGCUAGUCUGCAAAUCGAAUAUUGUUUUAUCUAAUUAAACGUAACCACGAUUUACUGGAUAUAAAUUAUACGGUUACAAGAGCUGGGUCGUCCGUGGUACGGAGUCAUUAUUUUCGUGCUACGCAAUGUCUACUUUAACGAUUAUUCAAAACUUUUCAACUUUGCAUUUCAAGAAAUGAAUAAUAAACAAGAUAAUCAAAAACCCUGAAACGAAACCAUGGCGUUUCCGCCACUGGUUAGCUGCACUCCGCCACCCCUUGAUAAUAUUCGCGAUGACGAUGAUGAUGAGUUUGGAGAUUUCACUGCCGGAGGGAUUGAUGGACUAUCAAUAGCCUCAGACUCUCCUGUAAAGCACCUCACUCCGAUCAAGACGCCUAUAUCUUCUCAAACAGUUUCUCCAAAGUCAUGUGAAAUCUCAGAGCGCAUUAUAGGCCAGGAUAGGCUUGGUAAUUUAAACCUGAAGUCAAUGUACAAUCUAGAGUUACUUUCAGAUGAUGAGGUUUUAGUGAUCAAAGAGUCUGAACAAAAUGGAAUAAGAGGUUUGAAUUCUAGUAAUAAAAUUGAGACAAGCGAUAAAAAAGUAAUAGUGGAAGAAGAUACCAGAAAUGAUGGAACUGAAGGUGAUUCUGGAGAAAGGAAAGAUGGCAGUCCAGAAAUCGUUGAUACAAGAGAUAAAGAUUACACUAUUGGAAUCGAACUAGAUGGUAGCUGCGACAGUAGUUUGGCGGAUAGUGGAAGAACAAAUAGUGAGAGGGAUGAUUUGUCAAAUAACUUAGAGAUCAAUGAUGACUUUGAACCCCUAAGUCUUGUACUGGACGAUCCUAGGUGCUUAUCAGAUACUCAGAUAAACCUUGACGAUGAUUUCCAUGUAUAUGGAAACUCCAGUGAUGCUUUGGGGCUUGAAAACAUCCAGGAAAACAUGGAGGAAGAUGCUAAAGAAUCCAAGCUCACCGAAAACUGUGAAAAUUCAAAAAGAACAAUCAAAGUAUCAUCUCUUAAUGAAACGGUACAUGAGAGUUCAAAGAGUGAUAUCAAUUUUUCUAAUUUUGUUAUCUCUCAAGAAGAAGUCAGCAAUGACAAUGAAGCUGAACUUCAGUGGGAAACAAAGUCUGUACUGUAUUCUGUAGAUCAAAUUAUGGAAAGUAAAAGAAAAACUGUUCAAAGUGAAGCAUUGCAAGCAGAAAAAAACCUAGUAGUAGGACAGCAAGAAACAACUACUAAAUUCGAUUGCAGCAAUCACGAGGCAGGUCUCGCUGAAAGUAGGGAAUGCUCCCAAGUGAGCCGUUUGGAGGCUGAUUUAGUUUUGAAAGAAGAUAGGAGCGACACUUUGGAAGUGACUGAACCUGACGAUGGUUUUCCUGAACUUCAAUAUGGUGCACGAUGCUCGAAGAAAAAUAAAAUAUAUGAUGAUGUGUCUACACAUGCUAUGCACUCUAAUUUCGAAGAUAGAAUUUCCAUAAGUAAGAUCGCCAGUAAUCUGGAACUGGACAACCAAGUUUCGAAGAUUACAAGUGAAUCGCAAGAUCAUGGAUCAAGAUGGGAUAAUGUCCCAACAUUCAAAGAGCCAGAAAACCAUGAUAACUAUUCUCCGGAAGUAAAGACAGAACCUAGAUCGAUCUUAGAGUUUGGCGGAGGUCAGGGAGACAAUGAUUUGGAAAAUUUGGAUGAUUUUGCAGAUUUUUCAAGUGCUUCAGUGCCUGUCUCAACCAAUUCAAAUUGGAAUCUCCAAGAGCCAAAAAUUUCUAGCAAUGACGACCUGGGAGACUUUAGUGAAUUUGGAGAGUUUGAGUCAUCUCUUGAAGUGCCAAGUAUUGCUGGUAUUGAGUUCCGAGAAUCUAUGAUCAGAAUUGAGAAUAAAAAUGUGCGGGUGGCUAAUAAAAUAGAAGAUAUAAUAACUAAUAUGUUUCCUAUUGUACCAAACGUCGAGGAAACGGAGCUAAAGAAACUGGUUGAAAAGUCUGAUAAAAUUUGGGAGGGAGUCAGGAGUAUAGAGGAAACGAAUGCUCUAACUUAUCACUGGUCAAAUAGCGCUAGUAAUAAUACACUUUUGGGUGCUCUAGGCAUUGAUUCUCGUAACAUUCUUUUUGGACCAAGGUGGAAUCACAACAUUCCAAGAUUCGCUGCCAAUUUAGGAUUCACUCCUCUUGAGCCUAUAAAAGCUUUAAGUGAACAGCAGACCGUAGGGACGAGUAACUCUAAGCUUCAGGGUUCACAGACCUCUGAAGUAAGCAGUUUUGAAGUACCAGCUGCUCAGUUCGACUGGAACAGCUCUGGCCUAGUGAAUCCGUUAGAUGCAAGCGGAGGGCUGUCUGCCCUGCUCUCAUUGGACUUGUUAUGCCCUUUUGAUCCCCUCCUCACACCUCAAUGUUCAACAUCCUCCAAAUCCUAUCAUCACGCCGCUUGUACCAGGAGCUCCGUAUACUACUAUGAAUCAGAACAGCGGCAUGCAAAAAACGUAAGUCAACGAUCUGUCGAUACUUUCGACAGCCCUCUGAAACCCUUCAAGUCCCUUCAACACGCCAAAAUUAUUGAGCCCUUACCUGGUCCAAGUCUUACAGAGUGGCAUAAGAGAACAGAGAUUGAUAACCCUGUAAAAAUUAAGCAAGGUCUUCAGAAGCCGAGUAAAGCAAGCACUACACAAAUGAACUCAAAACAAAGUUCAGGCACAGGUAGCAGUAGCAGCGGUAGUGAAGUAACCUCAGCGAUAAGUAAGCUAGAACCUGGAAAAGUGGAAUUAUCGAACAGUGAAAUUAACAGAAAAUCUUUAGUGAAUACUAAAAGAGAUCAUUCAAUGCAGGAACAUAUCGUGACAGAUAGACUUGGUAGACCAAUGACGGUAAGGCAAGAGACUGUAAAAGUGUUAAAGCAGCUGCCUGACCUCUCAUUUCUAAGUGCCAGAACAUUGAUGUAUAAUCCAGAACAGAAGCAGAUCGUUCAAGACUUGGGAGCGAUGAUAAACAGAAAGAUGCCUGGCUGAGUAACGUCGGUCUGAACGCUAAUUUGAAAGUUACGAAAGAAAGUAAAUAUUAAGAUAUGUUCAACAAAUCGGAACCAAUAAUGCAUUUAUUUUAGGAGAAAUCUAUAGUAUCAACAAACGAAAUUCUAAUGCUACCUUUCAAACUUGCGUUCAGACCAACACCUGCCCAUAACUGGCUCUUUGCUCUUCUGUAUUACUAUAAAUAUAUAAACCGUUUUUAAAUUUAUAGUCACCUUCAUGUAGGAUGUUAAUAUCCACAUCUAAAUCUUGAUCACCGCACAUUGCAAUGAUGUGCAAUUUAUUACAUUCAGAACAUUUAUCUAUUGAUUUUUUUGAUCUCAAUGGGUACACUUUGUAUUACCUUCUAAUUUUUUUUAGAUAUUUCGAUCCUCCUACUACAUCCAAGUACACUAGACAUACCAUACAUCGACUAUUGGAGUUUAAAGAUUAUGCGGUAUCUGUUGAAGAUCGAGUUACUUCCUCUUUAGUUUAUAGGUAUGUACACGAUACAUUAUUUGUGUCAUUUUUAGUCCUAGCUGAACUCUGUAUGGAAUGAGGUACACAUCAUACAUGGUCACCAUUCAUUUCUCUACUCAAAUGCUUUCUAUGGUAAUUUUUUAUGUAUUGCUGGUGCAGUAUAAUUUUUACUGCAAGAUAUACGGAUAUCGUUGCGCUGUUAUUGUUCAAUCAUUAAAAAAGACAAGGAUAUAAUCACGAGUUAUAUCGCGAGCAAAUGAGAAUGAGAAUCUUAUACAGAUAAAGUAUACACAGGUAUUCAUAUAGUGAGUAGACGUACGGUGAAUAUGUUGGCUGAAUGAAUAGUUGGAAAUUAAAUAAUUUAGCCAGUUGUACCGGAGCUUGAUUUUAUACGAAAGCAUGAAGUACGCGUACUUAAUAAAAUUUAUUAAUUCAAAAAAAGAAGUGACAACAUAGAAAAUAUAAUAACGAAACAAACAGCUUCAUCAUCGCUGAAUUAUAAAUUAUUAUUAUCGAAUUUGUUAUUUAUUAACAAUACUGUAAUAUAUUUCAUGUAAAAAUUGUGGAUACGUUAUUAAUACAUUAACUAUCGUUGACGUUA